AUGUCCCAGGUAUUAGAACCGAUAUUAGAUAGAACUACAUAUUACUCCAUAUUAGGUCUAACAUCGAAUGCCACAUCUUCAGAAGUACACAAGUCAUAUCUUAAACUGGCCAGGUUACUUCACCCAGAUAAAACAAAUUCAGACAAAUGCGAGGAAUUGUUCAAAGCUGUAGUACAUGCACACUCUGUCUUAACUGAUGAAGAAGAAAAACUUCGAUACGAUCAGAAUUUGAAAAUUAAAGGCUUACAUACUUACCAACCAAAGAAAUCCUGCCAUACUUUCAAGACCACAAUAAAGGAACCCCAUGAAACAAGCUGCAUACCUACGAAAUCUGAGGUCCAUCAUAGGCAAAAUAAACCGUAUGAACAGCAACCUUAUGGUUUCGGAGUAGGAAAGAAAAUGAAUAUAUCAUCCAAGAGCAAGGUACCAAUAUUUAAAUCCUUUAACUUAAAAGGCUACCAGCGAAGUCACAAUUAUUCAUCCAAAAAGGAAAGGAAACAUGGAAAUCCAGACAUAGAUUCUUUAUUCCAGGAAACUGAUGGAGCUUCAAAAGUAAGAAUGGCUAAUUCAAACACAGUGGAUGCGAAUCCGCAGUUCGAAGAGAUAUGGGAAACCUUGGAUAAAAAAACUAGCGAUAGUGAAUCCCACUGUGAAGAUCCAGAUUCACGUUUGGGAUCAGUUUCGAGUGACGAUGACGGAGAGGAAUUUUGUAGAGUACCAUCGAAUUCCAGUAGUCCUGAGGAAGACAAUAAAUACAAUGAAGGAUCGAAAAAAGAGAGGAGAAACUCCUCAGAAGAAAACAGAGAAGAAAUGAGAUACAAGCAGUUUAAAUUGCCCAAAGUUAAUGUUUUUCCUAAUCUCUCUCAUCAAUCGAAUUUUCAGUCUCCUUUUAUCACUCAUGAGUAUCGACAUUAUGCGAGGAACAAAUUCGAAAAUAGAAACCAAAACCGAAGAGCAGUCUCGCCCAUUAAAGAGAUACCUGCAACCUUGGAAACCGCUGAAGGGUGGACUAUUUUGAAAGACAUUGUUGAGAAACUAAACAUAAGCAACACAGAUGAUCGAAAUAAAGACCUCUUUUUCCUCAAGAAUGAAAAUUCUAAUAAAAACUACGAUGAUACAAUUAAAAUAGAAAAUUUAUCCAUUAAAGAACCUAAAGGAAUUAAAAAAAGAAAAAAAGAUGACAUAUCGUUAGAAGAGUUAUCAAAAUCUCUACCGAAAGAAAAGGAUUUUUUUGUAAUGAAUGCAGUUAAUGAAUCGUUGGACUCGAUCUAUCUCCCCAAAAAACCUAAGACAGCUCAGAGCCAAGCACAAAGUGAGCGUUUGUCCCAAACAGAAGGAAAUCAGGCACAGCGUACAAUACCGUUGGAAAAGUAUGGAAUAAGUUCCAAGAGCUUAAGUAUACAAAUACCAGAGGUCCCAGACUUCGCUGCAAUGACGGACUUGAAAUUUUUGAAUGCCAGUGUGCAACUUUUUAACCUCCAAUGUAACAAAAUCAAGGAGGAAUUAUUCCAAGCGUCCUUACAGCGUCUCAGAGCAGACACGCACUUCAGCGGCACACUAAUGGAAAAACAAAAUAUCGUGACUUGGAAAACGUGCUUGGAAUUUGACAGAAGUUUAAUGGACAAACUAAAUAUUCUACAAGAAAGACAAAUGCAUGUCGUGGAGCUCUUUUCCAAGAUAUAUGGCGGCAGAGAAUAA